AUGCCCAGGCUAAAGUCCGUUCGUGGCCCCAAGCGGUUAAGUAAAAAUGUUAUUAUUGCACAAGAAUAUCAUAGACAGAAUGUGAACAAGUUAUUGAUAACUAUUAAGUUGCCGCUGGAUAAAUUAAAGAGUGUCGACAACAACCCGACCCCAUACAUGUCAAACGAUAUUCUCCGCUCACUACCUUUACCAGGGGUGGUAUCAGAUGCCACCAACAAUCAGCAAAUUCAAGAAUUACCAGACUUGCUGAAUAUAUUCGAUUUUGAUGUAGGGGAGUUUGAUGAAUUAGAAACGGAGUUGAACCGAGCUUUGAACCAGCCUCAAACGGAGCGACGAAGAAGCAGUGAAAAUAGAGGCUUGGAUAUAAUCGAAGCACUAAAAGCAAGCCCAAGAAGGAGAGACCUGAGUAGUGGAAAGAGUGAAAAUUUGAGUGCUCUACCAAGUAAACCACCAUUGCAACCUGUAACACCGACCCGGCGAAGAAAGACUACAAAAUGCAACCCGCCCCUGUCAACGAGACAAGCUGCAAAUUACAAAUCUGUACCAGCAAAUAUAGCUCCGAUUUUACAAUCAGAACUACCAGGAUUCCAAGAUGAAGAUGACGAUGGGAUAAAGAUAGAAUCAAUGAUUUUCUCAUUAAAGGAUCCAUUGGGUGGUAGUAAGAUAAAACUACCUGUCAGGUCGAGGUUUUGCUUGCAUUUUGAGUGUUUUGAUUAUGAAAAUUUCUGCCUUUUCUAUAAAAUUCCGAAAUCUAUCAAGGAUAUAACACGGAAGAAUUUGAUACAACACAACUUCGAUGAGUUGGCAAGAAGAAAGAAUAGUUCACAAUCAUCUUCUCAAGGUUCGCAGAAACAAAGCGGUCGACAGGCCACGUACCAACAGAUAAUACCAUACCAAGCGAACUUUGGUUCUGAUUAUAAUUCACCGCUGGUUAUUCAACAACUUAAACUUUCCCCAUAUGUCAAGAUUGUUGACAACCCAUUACCGGGAGAUAAUUACACAUCGAGUUUUAUUGCACCAGGAUACCAAAGUUGUCCAUUUUACUCCUGUCCUAUUUGUAGUACAAAGUUUCCACUAAAUGCAUUGCUAAUUAGCGAUGCGUUCAACUACUUUGUGAGGAUUACCUCUCCGCUGGCGGAAGGGAUAGAAUUGGUUGGACUGGAAAAGUAUCGAUCUAUGGGAGAAACCGAAACCAAUUCAAGUGGAAGAAGCGCGGCAGCUACUAACGAUGAACAUGUAUUAAUGAUAAGCUCCGAUGACGAAGAAGACGAGAAGGAACAUCAGGAAUCAGCAACCAAGCAGAAAAUGAAACUUGGAAAUUUCAUCAAUCGCCCAGUUCCUCCCGACAAAUUUGAACCGGUAUCAAACGUAACAAAUUAUGACCCGAACUCAGACGACCACGGACUUAGUCGCGAUGAUCCGAUUAUUUUGGACUGA